AUGGCCCAAGCAAUCAGGAGCGCCCUCCCCGACCGCCUCAAGCCUUCCAACGGCGACGAGUCCGAGUUCACCCAGAGGCACCAUGGCAAGACUAGAUCCCACAUGGCUUUCGAGAACACCUCGACAAACAUUGCUGCCGCCCAGAUGCGCAACCACCUCACAGACCUGGCCGAGACGGUCAAGGACCCCAGCCAGAAGAAGCUCUUUGAGACCGAGAUGGACAACUUCUUCUCCCUCUUCCGUCGCUACCUGAACGACAAGGCCAAGGGCAACGAGGUCACCUGGGACCGCAUUGCUCCUCCUGCCCCUCAUCAGAUCGUCGACUACGAGAGCCUCGCUAACAACGACUCGGUCGGCUUCCUUAACAAGCUUGCCGUCCUCAAGCUCAAUGGUGGUCUCGGUACCUCCAUGGGUUGCGUCGGCCCCAAGUCCGUCAUCGAAGUCCGUGAUGGCAUGUCUUUCCUCGACAUGUCCGUCCGCCAGGUUGAGCACCUCAACCGCACCUAUGGCUCCAACGUGCCCAUCCUCCUCAUGAACUCGUUCAACACCGAUGAGGACACUGCUGCCAUCAUCAAGAAGUACGAGGGCCACAACGUCGACAUCCUCACCUUCAACCAGUCCCGCUACCCCAGAAUCUUCAAGGACUCCCUCCUCCCCGUCCCCAAGUCCUUUGACUCUGCUCUCCACGACUGGUACCCUCCCGGCCACGGUGACGUUUUCGAGUCUCUCUACAACUCUGGCAUUCUCGACAAGCUUAUUGAGCGUGGUAUCGAGAUCAUCUUCCUCUCCAACGCCGACAACCUCGGCGCCGUCGUCGAUCUCCGCAUCCUCCAGCACAUGGUUGAGACCGAUGCCGAGUACAUUAUGGAGCUUACCAACAAGACCAAGGCCGAUGUCAAGGGUGGUACCAUCAUCGACUACGAUGGCUCCGUCCGUCUCCUCGAGAUCGCCCAGGUCCCCAAGGAGCACGUCAACGAGUUCAAGUCCAUCAAGAAGUUCAAGUACUUUAACACCAACAAUAUCUGGAUGAACGUCAACGCCAUCAAGCGCGUCGUCGAGAACAACGAGCUCGAGCUCGAGAUCAUUCCCAACGGCAAGACCAUCCCCGGCGACAAGAAGGGCGAGUCCGACAUCAGCAUUCUCCAGCUCGAGACCGCCACCUGCUCCGAUCUCAUGCUCGUCAAGUCGGAUCUCUACACCGUAAAGCACGGCCAGCUCCAAAUGAGCUCUGCCCGCUUCGGUGACGCUCCCCUCAUCAAGCUCGGUAACGACUUCAAGAAGGUGUCGGACUUCCAGAAGCGCAUCCCCAGCAUUCCCAAGAUCAUCGAGCUUGACCACCUCACCAUCACUGGUGCCGUCAACCUCGGCCGUGGCGUCACCCUCAAGGGCACCGUUAUUAUUGUGGCCACUGAGGGUCAGACCAUUGACAUUCCUCCCGGAUCCAUCCUCGAGAACGUUGUCGUCCAGGGUAGCUUGCGCCUCCUUGAGCACUAA